CGGCAAUGGAUCUUAGCAACUGGGGGAAUUUGGCAACAGAAAUGAUUUGUUUACUUCUGUUCCUAUAUGUGUGUUUUCCCCCCUUUCCUCAUGUAUGGGUGAAAGUGUUUAAAGCAUUUUCUACAUGGCUAAUGGAACUGAAAACUGCGUAUUUUGCCGCAUUAAAGAAAACUUAGAUACAUUUGUGUAUGAAAAUGAAGAAUUUUUAGCAUUCAAAGAUAAAAGACCUGCUACAUCACAUCAUUACUUAGUUAUUCCUAAAAACCAUGUGAAAAAUCCAUCAACUUUGCAAUCAUCAGAUGUUAGUCUUGUCAAAACCCUAGUAGAAAUUGGAAAGGAAAUCUUGAUGAAUGAAAAUGUCAGUUUAGAUGAUGCAAGGAUGGGUUUUCAUUGGCCACCUUUCAACACUGUACAACAUCUGCAUUUGCAUGUUAUAGCUUCUGUCAGUGAAAUGGGCUUUUUUUCUAAACUUAUUUUCAAGCCUGAUUCAUAUUGGUUUAUUACUAUUUGUAAUGCUGAGAUGCUGAAAUUACUGGCAGUUUGUAACAGUGAAACUGGUAGCUGUUGUUGUAGCUAUGCUUAGUUGAAGUGCAUCGACUUUUAUUGAAAGACUAGAGAAAGGUAAUUGAAAUUGCCUAAAUGCAUAUAUGUUUUAUUUUGAGUAAAGUUCCGUAUCUACAGUGCAUAAAAAUGGCAUUUGUUAAAGGGAAAAUGUUCUGUAGCUGUUGUAAGAUAUUUUUAUUUUUUGUAUUAUUUCUUGCAAAUAAAUGAACCACUUAGUUGGAUUUC